AUCGAACAUUAUCGAUACCUUACAGCACGGUCCAUUUUGAAUAUAAACUUUAUUAUAUUUUAAUAUUUUAUAAUGCCAUUGGAUUAUUUCCAUAAUUUUUGGUGGUAGUGACGAUUGAAAUAUAAUUAAUUUUUUCAUAUGACUUUCAUUUGAAUUCAUUAAUUAGCACAAAAUGGCAGUGGAGAUAAAAUUAACCAAAUUUGAUUCAACACCAUGGGGCUUUCGACUUGUUGGUGGUGCAGAUUUUGAUACCCCCUUAACAGUUAUUAAAGUCACUGAGGGCAGUCUUGCCGAGGAAGCUGGUAUGCGAGUUGGUGACACUGUUGUUCGAGUAAAUGAUGUUCCAACUGCACCAUUAUCUCAUGCCCAAGCUCAUGAGUUGAUUAAAUUAUCGGGGAAUAAUUUUACCUUAGGUGUUUUUCGGGGUGCAGUUGGUGAAGCUGUGCCUGAACCAAAACUCUUACCAGUUGCGCCUAUAGGUCCACCACUACCAGAAUCUGUAUUAUCACAACAACCAGAAGAAGUUCCGGUGCCUGGUGAUCCACCAGUAUUGGAAAUUGCUGUGCCUCCAGGGGAAGCAUUACCGGAAGAUUUAGAAAUUGAACAAAUACAACAGUCUUUUGAAAAACAACAAGCUAACGAUUUAAAAGAUUUUGCUCAACGCUUCGAGCAAUCUAUGUCUGAGCAACAGGUUGAACAAAAAGUUGAGCAAAAAUUUGAGCAAAAAGUUGAAAAGAAAUCGGUUGAAGUUAAACAACAGCAUAAAGAAACUAGAAGUUCUUCGUCAUUAUCUGUUGCUCCACCUCGAGGAGGGCGGUCUCCAUCACCAGCGAGAGCAGUUCGUUUAGAAUAUUCGGUUAAAAUCGAAAAAGAGGUUAAGAAGGAGGACGAUACAAAGUGGUCAUCAUUUUUGCAAAAACCAAAAGGACCUAAACCUAUACCGAAAGAAGAGCUUAUUAAACCGAAGGUACUUUAUCGACCUUAUUUUCGAGAUAAUAUUUUUUAUGAAGUAGUAUGCCAACGGGAUCCACCGUAUAAAGUUGCAAUUCAAAAGAUAAAACGAAGACUAAGCAAAGAUUGGGUUGAAGAUAAGGGUGUAAAUGGUUUAAAUGCGAAUGCUGAAGUAACUACAAAUGAAACAAAAAAAGAGGAAAUUGAAACUAAAACAGAGACAACGGAACAACAAGCAAGCGUAGAAGAAACUUCCAUUCAAGAAAGUUCUGCAGUACAAGAAACUCAAAUUCAACAAGAGAGUGUAGAAUCAGCUGUUUCAGAAAUAUCGGCAAGUGAAACAAGUAUAAGCUCACACCAACAGGCAUCGGUUGAGUCCACAUCAAUUGUUUCUCAAACGCAACAAGUUAGCCAAGCAAGUUUGUUAGAAGUGCAAAAAUUUUUACAGACUACUCAAACGUCUGAAAGUGUUUCAGGCUCAAAUUUAAGUAUGGAAGAACAAUUGUUGCUUGUACAAAGACAAUUAUUAGCCUUAUCACAGUUGCCAGCUGCUAUUCAACAAACCCUUAACGCUGUUACAAAUCAAUUAUCAAAAAUCGUUAAAACAGAUGAAUCAGCAAAUGAAAAUACAACAGACGAAAAUAAUAAUAACCAAAAUGAAGAUGGAAAUCAAGAAGAGGCUAAUCUUGAAGAAGGCGAAAACAAAGAAGGUGACGAAACAAAUAAAGGCGAAGGUGGAGACGCAGAUAAUGUUGAAGGAGAUGGAGAUAAUAUUCCACAAAUUGUUGAAGAAACGGGAUCAGAGGAAUUAAAAACAGAUGCAACACCAGGAUCUACACCUGUACCUCCAACUCCAUCACCAGAGCCUGUGGAUAAUUUAACACCUGAGGAGAGGGAAAAAUUAGAUAAAAAAUAUAAGCAGGAAGAACAGGAAGAUCAACAACCAUCCAUAAAAUUAACUUACAAAAAACCAAUGUUUCCAUCCACACCACUACAGCGACCGAUUGUUUUACCGGGUGGGAAAAAACUAUAUGAACCAGAUGAUAUUGUACCGAGAAAAAUUAAUGCUAGAAAAUAUACAGAUGAAGUGAUUGCUGAAACAAUUAGUUCUCAAUCAGAGAUCAUUAUUGGAACAACUUUAGGGAUUAAUUUUCUAAAAUAUAAACCAGAACCACCAAAAAGUUUAGAUCAUCUGAAACAUAGUGAAGUUUAUAAAAUGGUACAUUCAUUAGAUUUACCAACGCGUGGAAUUGCUGGUAGACCAAGUUUAGUAUUGGCUGAAGAAGAUUUGCGGUCUUCAUUACCGAACAAUGGCGGGGAAAAUAUUCCACUACAAACAGCACCUAAUUUACCAGCACAAAUGGAGCCAUAAACAGAUGGAAGUAAUAUAUUUGACUGGAUUUGUUGUUUGCUGACAUA